CGGAAGCUCCGUCAUAUCCGGCCGGGAAGAUGGCGGACGACAAGGACUCUCUGCCAAAGCUGAAGGAUCUCGCUUUUUUGAAGGAUCAGUUGGCGAAUUUGCAACGAAAAGUGGAAAAUGAGGUACAGGCUGGAGUAGGACAGGAAGGUUCCUUGCUAGCAUCUCCGUUUCUCAAAGGGUUCCUUGCUGGGUAUGUUGUAGCCAAACUGCGCUCUUCAGCAGUCCUGGGAUUUUUAGUGGGGACUUGUUCUGGAGUGUAUGCUGCUCAAAACUAUGCAAUCCCUAAUGUAGAGAAGACAAUCAAAGAGUUCUUCAGGUCAUUCAGGAAAGGGCCAGACUAG